UUUCUCGGGCAAUAAAUUUCUGUGAUUAAAUUAUUUUAAACUUGUUUAGUGGUUAUUUCUAUUUGACAUCAUUACGUGGUUAAACUCAAGAUGGGCUUUUUAGUACUGAUUUGUGCUUUCCUCUUGUUCGUCCGAGCGGAGUCGUAUGUACUCCUCACGGCCAAUGUAGACGAUAUCCACGCGAUCGCCAACCAGGUGGCCAAGUCUCCAAUCAUGAAUCAGCUGAAGGACAUUUGGCGUCGCGCCAGCAAGACCUUCAACAGUCAAUACUCUAAGAUCCGCGCUGAGAAAUCAGAUAAGGAUGGAGGCAGAAGGGAGCAAGAAGAACCCAACAUGAGGAGCCAGCGCCGCAAAGCCAUCAACCACUUAAUGGAGCUGGGACACAACGCUUCUAUCUAUCUCAAGGAAGUGUUCGACAGUCUGAAUAAAUUUUAAGAUGUAUGUUUAAUUUUAUGGAAAAAUAAAUAUAUACUUCGAUUUCUUUUGCGCAA